AGUCAACCUUGGAAGCCUUGUAACACAACAACGUCUGUAACAACAACAAUUGUGCGAUAGCCAAACUCUCCUCCUCUCAUUUACUUGGUCUCUUGCGACACAUACUCAAGUCAUCACUGUAACAAUUCGAGACUGUUAGAAGACCAUUUUGGCGUUUGCACCCAAUCUCGGCCUCGCCCAAGUUCCCAGACGCCUCCUUUCACGGCGUGCGCGCCACCAAGAGGAAAAAAGGCGUGACCUUCGAAUCACGGCCAGAACAUAUUUCAAAAUUCCACAUAUUUCCGGGAGAAAACCAUCGUUACGCCUUCUUUAGCAAAAAGCUUGACGAGAAAGCGCCAUUCGUGCAAUCUCUUCUCACACGACUUCCAAAGUGGGCAAAGAGAGGACCGUUCCCUCCUCGAACACCACCUCGUCAUGGCGACCAUAAUAGCGGCAGCACUGCCACCGCCGCCAACCAAUGGCGGCGGUCAACUCCCUACAACAUUCGACGCGCCCACCGCCGGCCUCAGCAGCGAUGAAAUGGCCUUGUAUGAUCGUCAAAUCCGUCUCUGGGGCGCACAAGCUCAGGAAAGGAUCCGAUCGGCCAACAUCUUACUCGUAUCCUUGCGCGCUCUAGGGACGGAAGUGGCCAAAAGCUUGACCUUGGCGGGGGUGUGUUCGCUCACAAUUGUGGACGAUACGCCUGUCAUGGAAGAGGACAUUGGCGUGGCGCAGUUCUUUCUGAGGGCGGAGGAUGUGGGCAAACCGCGUGCUGAAGCGGCUCUUCCGCGAAUUCAAGAUCUCAAUCCUCGCGUGCUUGUCAAAUCAGGCGGUGGUCUCUCCACUCUACUCAUGCAAGAUCAGAACUACUACGCACCUUUUGACUGCGUCAUAGCCUGUGACCACGACAGCGCCACUCUAUCCAUGAUCAACACCGCCGCACGUUUCGCCGCCCGCCCCUUCUACGCCGGUGGCAUUCACGGGUUUUACGGGUACAUUUUCGCCGAUCUCGUCGUACAUGAAUACAUCAUCGAGCGCGAGAAAUCCAACAUGCCCAAUACCAAUCCGCGCCUUGAAACUCUCACACGCUCCAUCCUCAACGUCACCAACCGCAAAGAAUCCAGCGGCAAACAAACCGAGAUUGUGAAAAAGCAAGAAAUCUACUGCCCCCUCAUCCUCGCCAACACCGCGCCUCUAUCUCCAGACAUCCUCUCCUCGCGGCGCAAGCUCAAAUCCGUACCAGCCCUCCUCCCCUGCCUCCGUGCCCUCUUCGACUUCCAAACCGCCUUCGGCCGCAGCCCGAACCACACCGGCGCCGACAUCGCCACCUUCACCACCCUCGUCAAGCAAAAGUCUUCUGAACUCCAACUACCCGCGGAGACCCUGCAACCCAGCUUCCUGCGGUCCUUCCUGCAGAAUCUCUCCGCCGAACUCCCUCCGACCGCGGCUUUCGUCGGCGGGCGCCUCAGCGAGGACGUGAUCAACGUGCUCGGCAAACGCGAGCAGCCCAUCCAGAAUUUCGCCCUCUUCGACGGCGACGCUCUUUCCGGCAGGAUCUUCUCCCUCUACACCGCGCCCCCGGAACUGGCGGUCCCGGGGUCCAUGGGAAUCCUUGACCCGGCGAUCGCGGCGGCCGUCGCGGGCGCCUCGCCCGAGGAGCUGGAGAGGAUGGCCAAGGGCGAAUUUCCGAUCCCGAACGCGGCGGCGGCGGUCGCGGGGCAGCAGCAACAGCAGUAAACGUCACAGUGUUUUUCAUGCUAAGGAAACGGUAAAGACGGGACAAUCUGAGGAUGAAACAGGUAAGUUGCGACGGAUGCCACGAGGAGCGCCACACCGAGAAGCGCAAGAGGAAUAUGUAAAUGAUAUUGUGCGAAAUCUUUUUCCGAAGCUCCUUCAUCUUCUGAAACAUCUGAUCGAUCCAUGACGGGAGAGAGUUUGCAUUCACUACUGUAAAACCUGACACGCUCUCGAAUACACAGACGGUACCGAAACCUCAAGGGAUAUCCCCAUUUGACGUUUCAUGUCCUAUUCGGCUAGCAGAAGAGGCCUUUCAUCUUUUGAAAGAUCUCUGUCCAUCAGAGAAUCAAAAGGAUAGAUGUCGAGCGUCUCUGGAACUCAUCCCAAAAGAGCAUGGUGCUUUUCGACUUCAAACAGCCUGGCGACGUUGCGUGCAUGUUUCUGCGUGAAUGCAACAGCCAUGCGAUCAGUGUAUCCCGU